AUGUACAUACACAGAAACACACACACAGACACAUCUACAUACACACAGACACAUGUACAUACAUACACAGACACAUGUACGUACAUACACACAAACACACACACACAUACAUGUACAUACACACAGACACAUGUACAGAUACACACAUGUACAUACACGCAGACACAUGUACAUGCAUACACAGACACACACAAACACACACAGAUGUACAUGUACACACACACACACCCCCAUAAAAUGUUGCAGUACUUCGUUGUUCACUCACAGAGCCGAGUACUGCACUCUAGGGAGAGGCAGAGAGCACAGCACACACUCCUUCCUUUGCUUUCACUGCGCUCAGCUAUUGAGCAGUCUGAUGGCUCCCAGUGCCAAUGACAGAUCCGGCCUGAGCUCCAAGCCUGCUCAGCAAGACCCUGGAGGACACACUCACCCCCACCAUAAUUUCCACUCGCCAUUGGCGAGCAGGCGAGUGGAAAUUUCAAGCCCUGAU